AUAUAUCAAAAAUUGCUUCUAGAAUAUCAUACCCUCUUCUCUUUCCCUCUCUCUUUUUCUUUUCCAGGUUUUCUGGCCAAACUUAGCCCUAUUUAGUAUUUAUACACACCUUUCACUCUUUUCAAUUUCAUUCAAAUCCUUAAUCAAUCAUGGAAAUCAUUCCUGGGCUUCCAGAUGAUAUAGCCCGUGAGUGUUUGAUUAGAGCCAAACAUCAAGAUUUUCCCACAAUAGCUUCCACAUGCCGAGCUUGGAUGGCCCAGAUUCAACACCCGGAGUUUUUCCAAACAAGGAAGGCCGUCGGAUUAAGCCAGAAUCUAAUCGUUAUGGCUCAAGCUCGGGUCCAACCCGGACGCGAAUCGGGUUCUGCAUCUAAGUAUUUGGCUACUCCCACUUAUAGGCUUACGGUUUUUGAACCGGAGACGGGUCUUUGGUCGGAGUUGAAACCUGGGUUCGGGUUAACCGAAGGUCUUCCUCUGUUUUGCCAGCUGGUUCGGGUCGGAUCGGAUGUUGUUAUAAUGGGCGGGUGGGAUCCGAGGACUUGGACUGCUUCUACCGCUGUGUAUAUUUACGAUUUUGUCCAGGCUCAGUGGCGACGUGGCACUGACAUGCCAGGUGUACCGAGAUCGUUCUUUGGUUGCGUGGCUUCUGAAUCCAUGGUCUUCGUUGCGGGUGGACACGAUGAUCAGAAAAAUGCGUUGAAAUCAGCGAUGGCGUAUGACGUGGCGAAAGAUGAGUGGUUUUUGAUGCCUGACAUGGCAAGAGAGCGUGACGAGUGCAAAGGAGUGUUCCACCGUGGCAAAGUCCACGUCAUCGGAGGGUACCGAACCGAGAUGCAAGGGCAAUUUGAGAGCAGUGCUGAAGUUUUUGAUGUUUCCACGUGGAAGUGGGACCCAGUCUGCGAAGACUUCUUGGAAGCCAGCUCAUGCCCCAGGACAUGUGUCUCGGGUGGUAACAACGGACUCUUGUACAUGUGUCGUACUGGUGAGGUGGCGGCGUUAGAGAACGACACGUGGAAAGUGAUUGGCAGUUUGCCUAAUGAGAUGCGAGAAAUCGCUUAUGUGGUUACCUGGCAAGAUAAGCUACUGGUGAUUGGCUCCCCGAGUUUCGGUGAGCCCCACAUUGCUUACGUGUUUGACACGAAGAAUUACACGUGGACAAAAACAGCUGUGCCCGAAGAAUACUCGACUCAUGUUCAAUCAGGGUGUUGUUUAGAGCUUUAAAGAAUAAAAAAAGAAAAAAGAAAAUGGUUUUUAGAAUGUAACAUGUUUUUAGUUGUUGACAUUUGAAGUUUGUGAGUUUUUUUUUUCUUUUUCUUUUUUUUAUGUGUACAUACGAAGAAUUUUGUUUUGAACUGAAUAAUAGUUGUUCAAUUUUAGCUUUCAAAAAAGCAUUUAAUUCAACUAUAAAUUAAUACUUCUCGAUCUUGAGUACAUAACACAUUUAUUUGUUUCUAAUUUGGUAACUAUUACUAAUGACUUUUGGUGGUAGUGAAUAAAUACAAGUAAUAAGAAUUAAUACAAGUAAUUCAAAAAGUCAAAAAAGAAAAGAAA